CACAUGCUGAUGAGUCCCCUCCUCCUGGACCUCGGGGCUGGGAAACUUUUUUUGUCAGCUCCCUGCAGCUCAGAAUUGAGGCAAAUACACUCCAGCAAACACCAUGCUGAUCAAACCUUCAGCUCUUGGAGGCUUUUUGUAUUUUCUCCUCCUGCCUGGUUUCUCCUGCUCGUGCCCCAGCCGCUGCCUGUGCUUCAGGACUACAGUAAGAUGCAUGCAUCUGAUGCUGGAAACCAUCCCCGAGGUCCCGCCCCAGACAAACAUUCUAGAUUUGCGCUUCAACCACAUCAAGGAGAUACAACCUGGAGCCUUCAGAAGACUGAAGAACCUCAACACACUGCUGCUGAACAAUAACCAGAUAAAACAAAUCGUGAGAAGAUCCUUUGAAGAUCUGGAAAACCUGAAAUACCUCUACCUUUAUAAAAAUGAAAUCCAGAGCAUCCAGCAACAUGCCUUCCACGGGCUGCACUCCCUGGAGCAGCUGUACCUGCAUUUCAACAACCUGGAAAGUCUGGAGCUGGAGACUUUUAGUGACCUGCCUAAACUUGAAAGGCUAUUCUUGCACAACAACAAGAUUUCCAGGAUUCAUCCAGGGACAUUCUCUCAACUGGAAUCCCUCAAACGGCUGAGGCUGGACUCCAACUCCCUGUUCUGUGGCUGUGAGCUGCUGUGGCUGGCAGAGCUGCUGAAGAAAUACGCGGAGCAGGGCAGCAUCCAGACCGCGGCCACCUGCGAGGCUCCGCGCCACCUGCACGGCCGCUCCAUCGUCACCCUGACCGCGCAGGAGGUCAACUGCGAGAGGCCUCGAAUAACCUCAGAACCGCACGACGUCGAUGUGCUCUUGGGAAACACAGUUUAUUUCACCUGCAGGGCAGAAGGCAACCCAAAACCUGCCAUUAUUUGGCUGCACAACAAUAAUGAGAUUGACAUGAAAGAUGACAACCGCCUGAACCUGUUGCAAGAUGGUACCUUGAUGAUCCAGAACACCAAGGAGUCGGACAAAGGCGUCUACCAGUGCAUGGCCAAGAACAUUGCUGGGGAGGUGAAGACACAGGAAGUUGUGCUGCGCUACUUUGGCACCCCAUCCAAGCCCUCUUUUGUGAUCCAGCCACAGAACACUGAAGUACUGAUUGGGGAAAGUGUCACCCUGGAGUGUGGGGUCUCUGGGCAUCCCCCUCCUCGCAUCAGCUGGACCCUUGGCACGGGCUCCCCUUUGCCACAGGAUUCCCAUUUCACCAUCACCAGCUCUGGAGGGCUCUUCAUUCAGAACGUCACCUUCUCGGACCAGGGGCAGUACAACUGCAAUGCCAGCAACUCCGAGGGAUCCAUCCAGGCCACAGCAAGGAUCAUAGUGCAAGAUUCUCCCAGGUUUCUCGUCAUUCCCACGGAUCAGACAGUAACUGAGGGACAAAGCGUGGAUUUCCCCUGCUCUGCUGAGGGUCACCCUCCACCAGUGAUUACCUGGACAAGGGCAGGUGGGCCCUUGCCGAGUGACCGGCGGCACAGCGUCCUGUCCACGGGCACGCUGCGGGUGGGCCGGGUGGCCCUGCACGACCGCGGGCAGUACGAGUGCCACGCCAUCAGCGCCAUCGGCGUCGCCACCCGCGCCGCGCAGCUCUCGGUCACCCCGCGAGUGAUCCCGGUGUUCCUCCGUCCCCCCCAGGACCUGGUGGCAGAGACAGGCCAGGACGUUGCCAUUUCCUGCGCUGCCCAGGGGGACCCUCGGCCCACCAUAACCUGGGUCAAGGAGGGCAUCCAGAUCACAGAGAGUGGCAAGUUCCACAUCAGCCAGGAUGGGACCCUCUCCAUUCAGGACCUGGGUGUGGCUGACCAGGGCAGAUACGAGUGCAUAGCAAGGAACCCCUUUGGCUUCACCUCCAGUGCCAUGCAGCUCACCAUCACCGCCACGGAUGUGGGUCGGAGCGGGGACACGUUUGUGGCCACGUCGCUGCGCGAGGCCAUCAGCAGCGUGGACCACGCCAUCAACUCCACACGCACCGAGCUCUUCAGCAAGCGCCCCAAGACUCCCAAUGACCUCCUGGCUCUGUUCCGCUACCCAAGGGACCCCUACACCAUCGAAACAGCCAGGGCAGGGGAGAUCUUUGAAAGGACCCUGCAGCUGAUUCAGGAACAUGUGCAGCAAGGGCUGAUUGUGGACAUGAAUGUCACAGGCUAUCGCUACAAUGACCUGGUGUCCCCUCACUACCUGACCAUGAUCGCCAACCUGUCGGGCUGCUCUGCCCACCGCCGCACGCCCAACUGCUCCGACAUCUGCUUCCACAAGAAGUACAGGACCCACGACGGCUCUUGUAACAACCUCCAGCACCCCAUGUGGGGUGCAUCCCUCACAGCCUUCCAGAGGCUCCUCAAACCAGCCUACCAGAAUGGAUUUAACCUCCCCCGAGGGUUUUCCUUGGCAGAAGACGCCAGGGACCUGCCCCUUCCUCUGCCUCGCCUUGUCUCCACUGCCAUGAUCGGGACAGAGACCAUCACCCCUGAUGACCAGUUCACACACAUGCUCAUGCAGUGGGGCCAGUUCCUGGACCACGACAUGGACCAGACGGUGGCAGCCAUCAGCAUGUCCCGUUUCUCAGACGGAGCCCCUUGCAGCGAGGUGUGCAGCAAUGACCCUCCCUGCUUCUCCAUCACGGUCCCUGCCAACGACCCCCGUGUGCGGAACGGGCGCUGCAUGUUCUUUGUGCGCUCCAGCCCCGUGUGUGGCAGCGGGAUGACCUCUCUGCUGAUGAACUCUGUCUAUGCCAGGGAGCAGAUCAACCACCUGACAUCCUACAUCGACGCCUCCAACGUUUACGGCAGCACGGAGCAGGAAUCGCGGGAGCUGCGGGAUCUGGGCGGACAGAAAGGGCUGCUGAAGCGAGGGCCAGUUGUACCCAGCUCGGGCAAGCACCUCCUUCCCUUUGCCGUGGGGCCACCCACGGAGUGCAUGAGGGAUGAGAAUGAGAGCCCCGUGCCGUGCUUCCUGGCAGGAGACCACCGUGCCAACGAGCAGCUGGGGCUCACGGCCAUGCACACGCUGUGGUUCAGGGAGCACAACCGCGUUGCCGCUGAGCUGGCUGCCCUCAACCCGCACUGGGACGGGGACCUCCUGUACCACGAGGCGCGGAAGAUUGUGGGUGCCCAGAUGCAGCACAUCACCUAUGCCCAGUGGCUGCCCAAGGUCCUCGGGGAGGCUGGGAUGAAGAUGCUGGGUGAGUACAAAGGCUACGACCCCAACGUCAACGCGGGGAUUCUCAACGCCUUUGCCACGGCCGCUUUUCGCUUUGGGCACACCUUGAUCAAUCCCAUCCUGUACCGGCUGAACGAGACCUUCCAGCCCAUCCGACAAGGCCACAUCCCCCUGCACAAGGCCUUCUUCUCCCCUUUCAGGAUCAUGCAGGAGGGGGGGAUUGACCCCCUCCUCCGUGGGCUGUUUGGGGUUCCUGGGAAAAUGCGGGUGCCCUCUGAACUCCUGAACAUGGAGCUGACAGAGAAACUCUUCUCCAUGGCACACUCUGUGUCGCUGGACUUGGCUGCUAUCAACAUCCAGAGAGGGCGAGACCACGGCAUCCCACCCUACAACGACUUCAGGGUCUACUGCAACCUCUCCUCUGCGCCGGAGUUUGAGGACCUCCGAAAUGAGAUAAAGAACUUGGAGAUCAGAGAAAAGCUCAGGAGUUUAUAUGGAACUACCAAAAAUAUUGACCUGUUUCCAGCACUUAUGGUGGAGGAUCUUGUCCCUGGGACCAGAGUGGGACCAACACUGAUGUGCCUGUUAACAACUCAGUUCAGAAGGCUGAGGGAUGGAGACAGAUUCUGGUAUGAGAACCCUGGAGUCUUCACGCCGGCACAGCUGACUCAGAUCAGACAGGCGUCCCUGGCUCGUGUCAUCUGUGACAACAGUGACCACAUCCAGCAGCUGCAGAGAGAUGUGUUCCAGGUGGCAUCAUACCUGCAGGGCAUGGUCAGCUGCGAGGAGAUUCCUGCCGUGGACCUCCGCCUGUGGCAGGACUGUUGUGAGGACUGCCGGACACGAGGGCAAUUCAGGGCUCUUUCGCAGCGGUUCCGAAGCAAGAGGUCACCUGGCUUCAGCUACCCGGAGGAAAACCCUGCAAAGCACAAGCCUGCCUCGCCCAGAGACGAGGCACCUUCUCCAAGCUCUUCCUCCAGAGAGAAUCUUGAGUCCCUUGUGGCUGAACUGGAGAAGACAGUCACUUCCCUACGGAAACAGGUGAAUGCACUAGAGAGCCAGCUGAGGUGGCACCACAGGAACAUCAGCACACGUGGACAGGGCAAGAGGACUGGGGACAAAUGGAGAAAAAGAUGACCAUGUUGCCUCCUUGUAAAAGGUGCCCUGUGACCUGCACUCGUGCUCUCCACCAGCCAGUCCAGCCCACCCCAACAGGGCUCAGAGAGCCACCACGAGACCUCCCCGAUGCUGUGCCUGCUCUCACACCUCCUGUACCACUCCCUGUCCCAGGACCACUGUAGUUUUCCUGUACUGAACCCUCUGCACUGACUGUCUACGAGCCCCUCAGCCCCUGGACCCUUCCUGCCCUUGUCAGCCUCCCAGGGAUGGGCUCUGCCCUUGAUGGUGACAGCCCAGAGUCUGCCAAGGUGCCUCUUUCUUCCUCAGCAUCCAGGAAAUAGAGACAAAUUGAAGCUGCUUUAAUGCCACUGUUGUGCUUUGCUCCUCUUUCCACACACUGCUGUCAUCACCCACCAACCCUUGUCUGAGCUGUCCCGUGGACACCCAUCCAAAACAAUUCAUUUAGAGACUAAACCUAUCUCAAAUGCACUGUGCUUCCAGGAAACAUCUGGAGAAAUCAGCAAAGAAAAAGAAUAAAGGAACAUGAAGUCCAGAAGAAACCCCAGCCAUCUUCUGAUGCCAUCAAAAAGAGCAAGUGGAACCUCAGGGUUGGGUGUUUCAGCAUGGGGUGCCAGGCAUGGCAUGGCCACCCUCGAUCUCCAGCUGUGCUUUGCCAGUCCUUGGUGACAAGUGGCACAUCCCAUGACCCCAGAGUCACCUACCAUUCCUCAAAACCAUUUUCCUCAGCAUGACCUGCAUUACCCAACUUCCUGCCCCUUUAGGGGCUUAAUUGGAAUUAUGCUCUUCUUCCUUUUUUUUUUCCCCUCCAAAAAGGCUCUUUGCUGGAAGAUGUAUUUUGAGUGUAAACGUAACAGGACCUGGAACAGAACCCCAGCUAAUUAGGUGUAAUGGGCACUCUUUUUAGUGUAGGGGAGCUGCUGGUUUCUGUCAAUUAGGCUGGGAGGCCACGCUGUGGUGUUUGACAUGCGGGUGGAUGCAAAGUGCUGUUUGUUUUUGUGGCUCCCUGGUGCAGCCAAACCAGGGCUGUGCAGGCAGCUCUGCUGCUCAGGUCUGCUGGUUUCGGUGCUCUGUGGAGGUGCUCUUUCGUGGUGCUAGAACUGAAGUCCCUGUGUACCCACCACAACCCCAAAUCUGUGAGCAGAUUGGUUUUUAAUUCAUCCUUGUAAGUUGGUCACAGGGACUGAAGAGAAAGUACUUGAUCCCUUUGAUACCUGUGCCUUCCUUUAUCACUUUUCCUGCAUCCUCCCACUUUCUUUCCCACAGCACAAGGACCAGAAACUUUUAUGAACAUGCUUUUUCUUCUUCAUUAUUUUUUAGGUGUUUUAUAGUACCAAAAGGGAUUCAAAGCAGCAGGGAUGCUCCUGGAA